AUGUGUAAUUCCUUUCUGUGGAAUGGCAAUUCUGAGUCGGCGAGAGGAGCAAGAGUCUCUUGGGAAUCAGUGUGCACUUCCAAAAGUGUUGGAGGACUGGGUCUUCGAAGAUUGGAGGAUAUGAACCAAAUUUUCAGUCUAAACUGGAUUUGGAAGAGCCUACUUAAACUUCGUGCAGUAGCGAGGUCUCAUCUCGUUUGUAAGGUUAACUCUGGAUCAACAGCUCUUUUCUGGCAUGAUAAUUGGACAGAUUUGGGGCCUCUGAUUGAGUUAACAGGGGCAAACGGGCCAAGAGUAACGGGUAUCAAUCGGAUGGCAACGGUCAAUCAGGCUUGUACUAAUUCGAUUUGGCUUAUUUCAAGGGGAAGACAUCCUAUUCUAAGGCUUCUUCGGGAUGUGCUUCCUCCCACUCUUCCGUCUUCUCUGAAUUCUCUUCAAGAUGACUUCCUCUGGAAAAGCUCUCCUUCUGCUGAGGUAGGAGCUUUCUCUUCUUCCAAAACAUGGGAUUCUCUUCACCCGGCAGGUCAAUCUCUUACCUGGACGAAACCUGUCUGGUUUAAGGAAAGAAUUCUGAGGCUCACUUUUAUCUUGUGGAUGGUUAUGCGAGAUCGUCUCGUCACCAGAGAUAAACUAAGGUCUUGGGGCCUAAAUGUUCCAGCAUCUUGUCUCCUCUGUGACGACUAUCCGGAAUCCAAAUCUCACCUUCUUACUGAAUGCAUCUACUCUCGAGAGAUCUGGACCGCCUUCUUUUGGAGGUCGGGUUUAUCUCCCCCGGAUUCAAUUGAAGAGAUUGUCGUUUGGUCAGAUUCGCCUUCCUCUCAGAGGAAAGUGAACACAAUUUGCAAGAUUUUAGUUCAGGCGAUUGUCUAUUGCUUUUGGAGAGAGAGGAAUUCGCGCCUGUACACUACUCAUUCUAAACCGCCCCAUGUCUUGAGUAAGGAGAUUUAG